GGGUGUUUGGGUUGAAGUCGGUCGGUUAUACUACAGGGAAGAAGAAGAGUGUGCGCGCGACUCCUUCCACAGUAGACGAAGCUGCGAAGGCCACCACAUUGCUUCGCCUCUCCUCUCUCUCAAAACCUAUUCAGCUUUCCCAAUACCCCCUCCCUGCAUCCCCUUCCUUCCACUUCCAGCAGUCGCUUUGUUGGAUUAGGAUUCAGGCGUGCUUCGAUCGCUUUGCCCUUUCGGGUGGGUGUUGCGCAGCUAUUCGUCUCUCUGUUUUGGAGGCAUCAGCUCGGAAGAUAAUCUUUCCCCUGAUCUUGAAUUACUUCACUGACCGAGUUUUCGAGCUGAAAAUCAAAUAUUUUUUUGUCUUUGUGGUUGCUUAGAUUUGCGAAAGAAUGGGGGGAAGGAUGCUGUGGUUAUUGGUGCCGGUUCUUUUUCUUUGCGGUACUUGUUGGGGGAGGUUCGUGGUAGAGAAGAACAGCUUGAAGGUGACGUCGCCGAAUUCACUGAAAGGCAUCUACGAGUCCGCUAUUGGGAACUUCGGCGUUCCUCAGUACGGCGGGACGAUGGUGGGGAUCGUGGCGUAUCCGAAGGUCAACUGGAAGGCCUGCCACAACUUCAAAGACUUCGACAUUUCUUAUAAGUCUAAACCUGGAGGCUUCCCUACCUUUCUUCUAGUAGAUAGGGGAGAUUGUUACUUUAUCACAAAAGCAUGGAAUGCACAGAAUUCUGGAGCUGCUGCUGUCCUUGUUGCUGAUAAUGUGGCAGAACCUUUAAUAACAAUGAACACACCCGAGGAGGAGAACAGCAAAGCAGACUAUCUGCAGAACAUCACAAUUCCUUCAGCACUGAUCAGCAAGAGCUUUGGAGACCGUUUGAAGAAAGCAAUUGAGAAUGGUGAUAUGGUUAGUGUCAAUUUGGAUUGGAAAGAGUCUUUACCCCAUCCUGACAACCGUGUGGAAUAUGAAUUUUGGACAAACUGUAAUGAUGAAUGUGGCCCUAAAUGUGACAGUCAAAUACAGUUUUUUAAGAACUUCAAAGGAGCAGCACAGAUACUAGAGAAAAAAAGUUAUACCAAGUUUACCCCACAUUACAUAACAUGGUAUUGCGCUGAAAUCUUUCUUUCUAGCAAGCGGUGCAAAUCCCAGUGCAUCAACCAUGGAAGAUAUUGUGCACCCGAUCCUGAACAGGACUUCAGCAAAGGUUAUGAUGGGAAAGAUGUUGUGAUGCAAAACUUGCGUCAAGUCUGCUUGUUUAAGGUUGCCAGUGAAAGUGGGAAGCCUUGGCUGUGGUGGGAUUAUGUUACUGACUUUGCAAUCCGUUGUCCUAUGAAGGAAAAGAAAUACACAAAAGGAUGUGCUGAAGAAGUAAUCAAAGCACUUGGCGUUGAUCUGAAGAAAAUAAACAAAUGUAUGGGAGAUCCUGAUGCAGAUGAAGAAAAUCCUGUGCUUAAAGCAGAGCAAGAUGCACAGAUUGGAAAGGAUUCCCGUGGAGAUGUUACUAUUUUACCAACUCUUGUUAUUAACAAUAGGCAGUAUAGAGGUAAUCUGGACAGAACUGCAGUGCUUAAAGCAAUCUGUGCUGGUUUCAAAGAGACGACCGAGCCAGCUGUUUGUUUAAGUGAUGACAUACAAACAAAUGAAUGCCUAGAGAACAAUGGUGGAUGCUGGCAGGAUAAGGCUUCUAAUAUCACUGCAUGCAAGGAUACUUUUCGUGGAAGACUAUGUGAGUGCCCUGUUGUGGAAGGUGUGAAGUUUGUUGGUGAUGGAUACACUCAUUGUAAAGCCAAGAAGCCUUCUACGGAGGGUGGAUGGAGCUUUUUGUCGGUUUUCUUCAUUCUAACCAUAGCUGGAGUUGGUGCUUAUUGUCUGUACAAGUACAGAUUCCGGAGUUACAUGGACUCGGAGAUUCGUGCUAUCAUGGCUCAGUACAUGCCGCUGGAGAACCCGGAAGCACAUAGCCAUAUUCGUAAUGACCAAAGCUGAGUUGAAAUUGCUGCAUGUAGUUCUAUUUUCAUGUAAACUCACCUGCAAAAUGCAGCAAAUAUUUUUGUUGUAAAUCGGAAGAUUACUAAUGCACCAGUGAUGUAAACUCAUAGAUGAUAAAUACAACAUGCACAUAUGCUACGGAAUUAAAAGUGAUGUAUCAUGUGAGUCUCAAGACAGA